GGGCGGGUCCCUGCGUGGCUCCGCCCCUCGCCCCCGUCCUGCCGCGCGCCGGCGGGCGUUGCUGGGCUCGGGCGAUGGCGGAGGAGGCGGCCGGGCCCGGCGCGCUGAGCGUGCGCGAGGUGCAGGAGCUGGUCCGCAGGAAGGAUGAGCUCGAGGCCCAGAUCAAAGCCUGCUACGCGGUGCUGGAGGGGCAAAAGGGAGUCGGGAUGAACGAGCCGCUGGUCGAUGCUGAAGGGUAUCCGCGUGCAGAUGUUGAUGUAUACCAAGUCCGUGCAGCCAGGCAUAACAUUAUCUGUUUUCAGAAUGAUCACAAGGCCCUAAUGCAGCAAGUGGAAAAAGCUCUCCACCAGCUGCAUGCCCGAGAGAAGGAGAAGCAGGCAAAGGAUGAGGCAGAAGCUCAGGUCGAGGCAAUGAAUCAGAACCCGAGUCUGCCGCAGCCCUUCGCAAGAGUGAAUGCCGUCACACCAGGGUCUCCUGCUAGCACCUCGGGAUUACAGGUUGAUGAUGAGAUCAUUGAGUUUGGCUCUGUCGACACACACAACUUCCAGACACUGCAGAAUAUUGCCACCGUGGUGCAGCACAGCGAAGGGAAACCUCUGAGUGUGACCGUGAUCCGUGGCGGCAAGAAAUUACACCUCGGGCUCAUACCAAAGCAGUGGGCUGGGAAAGGCCUGCUGGGCUGCAAUAUUCUCCCCUUGCAAAGAUGACUGGCUUGGAAGACAAUAAGAUCAAAGUUUGUACUUUUUGAACUCCAACCUAGUUUGAAAAGUUCCCUUUGCAACCUACAUCUACUUGCUGAAGCUGGAGUGUUUAUAAUGGGUUCUGAGGCUCUGACCUCCAGCCUGCUGGAUAUACUACACCUGAAUUGCUUUCAACAGACUUGCACCUGGUCAUGAUCAAUAAUUUUACUGACUCACAGGGAAUAGAUUGUAGAGUCAUAGGACAUGAUUCUAACUUAACUGGCACUGAUGUAAAUCAGGUGUGAGAUCAAAGUGAGGUCCAUGCUUUUUCUUUAGUUAGAAUCCUUGCCAAAUUAUUCUGUAACAUUUAGUGAAUGUUUUUUUCUGUUUGCUCAUGGGAAGUAACAUUUACCAAUAAAGAGUUAUGCUGGG